AUGAAUUGUAACCUAACAGAAAAACAAAAAUACAUGAUGCUCUAUUCAGGUAUUCGUGAGUACUAUUCUCCGGAAAACCAUUUUGACUCGACCAUGAUGGAAUCAUUUUUUGAAAUGAGAUUUAGAAAAACCAUCGAAUUGAGUCCCUAUACAAAUACUUGCUAUUGUAAAACCCACGGCUGUAUUUUCAUUCCAAAGAGCAAUGAAUCAUUCUUUGAAUUGCUCGAAGAGGCGAAUAAAUGCUUUGAAAAAAGUUAGAACAGAAGCGCCUCAAUUUUUCUUAACUACAGCAUUUUUAUCGCAAUC